AUGAAGUGGUGUAUCACAUACGUUAUCCUAUACAUCGUCCUUAUAUUCCAGAAGUUCCAGGGUUCUAUAGCAACUGUAUCUUAUAAUAUAGAUGAUAUACUACAGUUGCAAGAUGAGACUGGUAUCAUAACAGUGACGGCUGAGAACUAUCCACUAUUGAGCCACGGUGUACCAGAUUACUUUAAUAUCUUAUACAUCACUAUGAGAGGUACAAACAGUAAGGGCAUGGAUUGCCAAUUAUGUCAUGAUUUUGAGAAAACAUAUCAUACGGUGGCCAAUGUUAUUCGUUCACAGUCCCCGCAAUCUCUAAGCCUAUUUUUUACAGUAGAUGUCAAUGAAGUACCACAACUUGUCAAGGACUUGAAGUUACAAAAUGUACCUCAUCUCGUGGUAUAUCCACCUGCAAAAAAUGACAAACAAACUCAAUUCGAAUGGAAAAUGUCGCCUUUCUAUCAGUACUCCUUAGUGCCUGAUAAUGCAGACGAUACUUUACAAUUUGGCGAUUUUCUAGCCAAAAUUCUCAAUAUUUCGAUAACCGUUCCUCAAGAUUUCAAUGUUCAAGAAUUUGUUUAUUAUUUUGUUGCAUGUAUGGUUAUUUUCAUCUUUAUCAAGAAGGUGAUUUUACCUAAAAUAACUAAUAGAUGGAAAUUUUUCUUCAUGAUAUUAUCUUUUGGUAUACUUUUAUCAAGCAUUAGUGGUUACAAAUUUGUAGAAAUGAAUAGAAUUCCUCUCAUCGCACGUGAUGCAAAAAAUCGUAUAAUGUACUUUAGUGGUGGUUCAGGAUGGCAAUUCGGUGUCGAAAUCUUUUCAGUAUCAGCCAUGUAUAUCGUGAUGUCUGCGUUAUCUGUGCUUUUAGUUUGUCUGCCCAAGAUUUCCUGGAUGAGUGAAAUGGCGAAGGGACUACUAGCAUCAUUUUUGGCAUGUGUUUUAUUUUAUUUCUUUUCUUACUUCAUUAGUUGUUAUUUGAUCAAGAAUCCAGGGUACCCAAUUGUUUUUUGA